AUGCUUCCCUCAUUGCUUGGCGACGGCCAGCGGCGGGCGAGGCUGAUAUUCAUCGCAUUUGUCACGACAACCGUCCUUUUCUAUGUGGCCUACCAGUACAGCGCGGACGGUACCCCCUACGAUACUGCGAUCGAUAAUGCAAAAGCCGACCCUGUAAACGAUGCCGCAAACGAUGCCGAAAACGAUGCUCCAGACGUCACUGCAGGAGAUACGGCAGGCGAUACGGCAGGCGAUACGGCGGACGAUACUCCAGCCGAGACCCCCGACGAUACUCCCGACGACAUUGCACCCGGUAUUGUUGACGAAGCCGCGAACGAGGCCGCAAAUGAUGCCACAACCGAUUAUGCAGAUGAUACUGCGAGUCAUAUCCCGGUUACUGAUUGCGUCGACUUCAUACGAUGGAUGAGUUCAAGGCCGGGACCAGAAUCCGAAGGCAGGCGCAAGUUCCCCUACGUCCGUCCUCUGCCCGAAUGCCGGACCUUCAAGCUGCCGUCGCUCGAGGCGCUCCUCGAGAGGAUGAAGGACGUGAUAAAGGACCCCGAUCUGUUCCGCCUCUUCGAGAAUAGCUACCCCAUCACGCUCGAUACAAUGGUCAAGUGGCGGGGAUAUGCGAACAGGACGGACGAGCAGACGCAAAAGACGGUCCAGACGGACGAGGAGCUGACCUACGUGAUAACGGGCGACAUCGACGCCAUGUGGCUUCGCGAUUCGGCCUCGCAGAUCUACUCGUACCUGCCGCUCCUGGAACCAUCCACCGACCCAGACUCGCUCGCCAGUCUCUGGCGCGGGCUGAUCAAUUCGCACGCGCGAUACAUCAACAUUUCUCCGUACUGCCACAGCUUCCAGCCCCCCGUCGAAUCAGGCAUCCAACCAUCUUCCAACGGUGCGUACGCAAACAACAACCCGCAGCCGCCAUACGAUCCCCAGAAGGUGUUCGACUGUAAGUGGGAGCUAGACAGCCUGGCAUCGUUCCUCCAGAUCUCCUCGGCCUACUACCAGGCCACGGGCGACCUCGAAUUCUUCGGCAAGUACAGCUGGGUCUCCGCCGUCGCGGCCGGCCUCAAGGCCGCCGGCGACAUGCGGCUCGGCACGUACGACAAGGACGGCAAGGUCCUGCCCUCGGCGUGGACGUUCACGGGUUACACCAACCGCGGCAGCGAGACGCUGACCAACGACGGGCUCGGCAACCCGAUCCGCGAGAACGGCAUGGUCCGGACCGCCUUCCGGCCGUCGGACGACGCCUGCAUCUUCCAGUUCCUCACCCCGGCCAACAUGAUGUGGGCCAAGUACCUCGAGGAGGCGUCCGUCAUCAUGGAGCGGCUCGACGACGCGCGCGCCGCCAACCUCACCGGGGAGAUGCGCGCCCAUGCCGCCGGCGUCCGGCGGGGCAUCGACCGCGACGCCGUCGUGCGGCACCGCGACUUUGGCGACAUCUUCGCCUACGAGGUCGACGGCUUCGGGAGCGCGAACCUGAUGGACGACGCAAACGUCCCCUCCCUGCUGGCCAUGCCGCUGUGGAACUACUCCAGGUCCGCGUUCGACAAAGGAGAAGCGGGCGGAGAAACGGAAGCAGAAGCAGCAAGCGCGGGCACCGACAAGCCCCGCGACUACGACCUCAUCUACCGCAACACGCGGGCCUUCGUGCUCAGCUCGGCCAACCCGUACUUCGCCUGGGGCCCGGCCAUGUCGGCCGUGGGCGGCCCGCACCUGGGGCCCGGAAAGGCGUGGCCCAUGGCGGCCAUCGUGGCGGCGCUGACGGCGUACGAGCCGGCCUCGGGCCUCGCGGACCCGCGCGACGAGGUGGCGGCGCAGCUGCGCAUGGUGCUCGACUCGACGGCCGGCACGGGCGUCGUCCACGAGACAGUCAGCAGCUGGAGCGCCGACGACUGGACGCGGGCGUGGUUCGGGUGGGCCAACGGCCUGUUUGGCGAGCUGAUCUUGCGGAUCGAGGCCGAUGAGAAGAGGCGCGGGGUCGUCGGGGAGGAGAGCCUGUUGGGGAGGAGCUGGCAGUGA